CUCCCGAAGACCUACCGGACUGCGGCGGUGACAGGGACUCCGAGACCCUCCGCCCCGCCGCCCCCUCCCCUUCCCCUCUCCCGCCCGCCCCCGGGCCCUCCUCCCGUCACUGAUUCGGCGCCGGAGCCCCGGGUGCCCGAGCCCCCCUCCCAGUCCCGGCCCCCGCCGCCGCCGCCGCCGCCGCGGCUCCCGAGCUGUCAGUGCGCAGGCAGCGCCGGGGCCCCGCGCCCAGCAUCGCGCCCAGCACCGCGCCCAGCACCGCGCCCAGCACCGCGCCCAGCACCGCGCUCGGACCCCGCCGCCGCGGAGCCGCCACCGCGGGGCGGCAGCAGCCCCCUUUAGGAACUCGAAAGCUGCAAUAAGGUCACCCUGAAGCCCUCUCUUCUUCAGGUUGAACAAAUCCAGCUCUAUCAGCCAGUCUUCAUAGAAGAGGUGCUCCAGCCCUCUGAUCAUCUUUGUGGCUUUUCUCUGGGCUCACUCCAACACGUCCAUGUCUUUAACAUCCCAUCCAGGAUAUUAAGUUUAAAUAUCUUAAGCCAGAUACAAUGAUGAAACUGAACGCUCGGAUCUUCUUUGGCUUCCUUUGCUGCAUUAUUUUUGUUCCUACAGAUGGCUUCCCAGCAGACACCAGUACUGAAUUUCGCUCUGCUUUCUCUGUGGCCAGAACCAGCAGCAUGGAAGGAAGCUCCGAGAUGGUUAUUACCUUUGACAAAGUGUAUGUAAAUAUUGGCAAUGAUUUUGAUCUCAAGACUGGAUUGUUCCGCUGUCGAAUCCCUGGAGCCUACUACUUCUCCUUCACUGUUGGGAAAUACCCAAAGAAAAACUUAUCUGUCAUGCUGAUGAGAAACAAGAAUGAGGUACAAGUAAUUGUGUAUGAUGAACAUCACCGCAAGGAACGGAAGGUAGCCAGCCAGAGUGCCAUGCUGCAGCUUGAUUAUGGUGACACAGUUUGGCUGCGUUUACAUGGAGAUCCCAAGUAUGCUCUUUACAGCAACGUGGGCCCCUAUACAACUUUCAAUGGCUACCUAAUCUAUCCUGACACUUCUGCCUUCUUCCAGAAUGCUCUUAGCUCCCAAGAGCUGGGGCCACACCCUCACAAAAUUCAGCAGCUUCCCAGAGAGCAGAGUGAAGCUUCACAGCGACACGUGUUAUCUGAUCAACCAAACAGGGUACAAGACCCUCGUUCUGCAUUUUCUGUUGCCCGCUCACAGAGUCUCCUGGGGACAGAUAAUAAGCAAACCCAGCACGAGCCAAUCACAUUUGACACAGAGUUUGUGAACAUUGGAAAGGAUUUCAAUUCUUCCACUGGUAUCUUCUCAUGCCGUAUACCUGGUGCGUACUACUUCUCCUUCACCAUUGGCAAAAUGCCCUUUAAGACUAUGUCUGUGAAACUUAUGAAGAACCACAAUGAGGUGCAGGCCAUGAUCUAUGAUGACAACCACUCCAAGAGGCGAGAGAUGCAGAGUCAGAGUAUCAUGCUGCCUCUGCAAUAUGGGGACACGGUUUGGCUCUACAGCCAUCAGCAUGAUGGCUAUGGUGCCUAUAGCAACCAUGGCAAGUACAUAACCUUCACGGGCUUCCUGAUCUAUCCAGAGGCUCAGCCGAAGCGGCUUUCAGGUGCCAGCUCACUUCAAGGGUCAAAUAAUUAAAUGCAGAUGUUAAAGGAGCAUAAGAAGAGCCAAGAUGCCAUGAACUUGAGUAUAGCUCCUCUUUGAAUAUCAUCCUCUGCUUUGAGCAUGCUAUCAUGUGUCCAGUGCUUUCCUUAUGCUGCACGCUUUUGUGCCCUGUCUGCAGGGCCACAGCUGUGUCUGCCAUUCAUCUAUAGAGAGGCCUUUCAGAUUGUACCUGCGCGUCCUGUGUUGGUGUUUGAUUUACGCAUAAAGCAUGAGGUAGUUUUGGGGCAGGGGUGGGGCGGUGUAGUGAGAUGCUGAGGAUCAGAAAACCACUGCAUUCAUGUUACUGCAUGAUCCCCAGCAUCCAGAGAGCAAAGGAUGUGUUGACUUUCCUUGUAUAUCUGGGGAGGGAAUAAAUGUAAUGGAAAUGAAUGUAAUAAAAAUACAAAAGAUGUAAAA